GGCGGGAGCAGCGCGGCCGCGGACGGGAUGAGCGGCCCCCAGCCCGGCCACCGGCCGAACGGUUUCAGCAGUGAAGCAUCCUGCAAAAAAAGAGAGGAUUAUUUGGAGUGGCCUGAAUAUUUUAUGGCAGUAGCUUUUCUGUCAGCACAAAGAAGCAAAGAUCCAAGCUCUCAGGUUGGUGCCUGCAUUGUAAAUUCAGAAAACAAGAUCGUUGGAAUUGGCUACAAUGGGAUGCCUAAUGGUUGCAGUGAUGAUGUACUGCCCUGGACAAGAACAGGAGCAAAUAGGCUAGACACAAAAUAUCCUUACGUGUGCCAUGCCGAAUUGAAUGCCAUCAUGAACAAAAACUCAGCUGAUGUGAAAGGCUGCAGCAUGUAUGUUGCCUUAUUUCCGUGUAAUGAAUGUGCAAAGCUCAUCAUCCAGGCAGGCAUAAAGGAAGUUAUUUUCAUGUCCGACAAGUAUCAUGACACUACAGAAAUGACAGCUGCACGGCGGAUGUUUGAUUUGGCAGGUAUUAUAUAUAGGGAAUUCAAGCCAAAGUGUAACAAGAUCAUCAUCGACUUUGAUUCAAUUAACAGCAGACCAAGUCAAAAGCUUCAGUGAAUUAUGUCUCAUUAAAUCUUUAGAAGAGUGUGAUUAUCCUUUUCUAAAAAGCUGCUAAUGCCUUUCAUCUUGAAGUUACUUGCAACUUUUUAAUGGUUUCUGUAGCUAAAGUAGAAUUAUAAGAAAUCCAAGGCAUAAAAAUGUCCCUCUCACUUCAUCUUGUCUUGUGGAAUCUAAAUCUACUUAAAUUUUUUUUAUGCCUUUAUCAAAACUGCUUAAAAAGUGGAGACAAGUAGGUGAAACAAUAUAAGUAAAGAAAACUGUUCUGCUUCUUCCUGUAUUCAUCACCACAUGCUCCGAU